AGAAUAGAACUACAAUCCCAGGCACAAGUCCAAUGAGAAUUUGGAUUAAAUGAACGUACGUAUAUAUAAGACCAUCGAGGCUUCUGGAUCAUUAGUUGGAAUUGUAGUCGCCGUAAGCAUCCACUUUGAUGGCAGACUACUGGCUGAUCUCAAUUCCAUUAAUAAAGAUUCUGGGCAUUAUUCUACUACUAUUUAUACUAUACUAAAAAAGACAGAUUAUACCAAAGGUUCUGUUCAUCAAUGCCAAUCUGAUACUUAGGACGUAAUUUAGGUGAUCGAUUUACUUAACGCAAUCAGGAGAAGAUGGAUAAUAACAGUAACAUAACUGAGAUUACUGUGUCUUUUCUAGCCUCUGAAGCCGAUGAUGGAACAAAGGAAGACGAAUCGCUAACAAAUGCCAAAUGGGAGCUCGCAAUAAGGACCGUACUGUGCGUUCUUUCAUUAUUUACCAACGGCUUGGCGAUUGUGGCUUUUGCGUUUAUUCCACGUCCAUUGGACUGUCGAAAUUAUUUAUACUUGUUGAUAAAUCUCUCAAUCGUGGACAUUUUGGGUUCAGUUGCUUCCUUCCUCUCAAGUCUGAACUACUAUCUCAUCAAAGUUAAUGUUUACAAGUGGAUCGAGUACAAACUACAAUAUUUGAUGUAUUUCGCCGACGUUGGAUUUGCUAUAUUUUAUGGAGUAUCAGCUAUUUUGGUUUUAUUUAUGGCGAUAACUCGUUACAUAACAGUCUGCCAUCCAUUUCACACAAGAUUAUUGGUGGAGAAAUCACGCAUUUUCUUGAUGAUCGCAUUUGCCUGGGCAGUCGCUAUAUUGCUAAAUAUUCCUUUAUUGAAAUACUACAUCGAUGGAAGUAGCGCCACCUCUGCUGCUACAAUUAUAUCCGAUUACGUAAUUUCUUCAUUCUUUAUCUUGGUUUCCAUAACAACCAUAGGACUUUGCGCACGAGUGUUCGUCGAAACACGGAGACUGAAGAGACGGAUGGUGAUGCUAUAUGGGAAAGAAUACAGUCGAGAAAUCAUUGUAUCAACAGACCAAAAUGCAGUGAUCACAACAUUACUGUUGACAAUGACGAUGUUGUUCUCAGCUCUCCCUUAUUGGGCAACGGCUAUUCUGUACUACAGGGAGGAAGAUUUGCGCCCAGUGCUAGGGACCGUAGGGGAAUAUUUCAUCAAACAUCUUCCUGUUCUUAAUUUCCUACUCGACCCAAUAAUAUACUCUUGUCGCACACGUGAUGUCAAGCUUGGCUAUGGCAUCAUAUUAAGCUCAUUACGAAGAAAUAUUGCGUAUACGAGAAAGAGACUCAACUCACGCAAUUCAUCGACAAUCUCUCGAGAUACUCAACAUUUCCAUUUGACUUUUACCGAUGACGAUAUAGCAAGUAUUGCUACGGGUGGCAAUACGACAGUGCCGAUGGUGAAACAAAAAUCAGAAGUGGUGGCUGAACAGAACAAUGUCUAUCUAGCUAGCCCGAAUGGAGAUUUGGGCCAGCAUGAAAUAUUGAUAAACACAGAUAAUAUGCAAGGAAGUGUGCAAAUAGGGACAGCAUCAAAACCUUGCGGGGAGAGGGACCUUGAUUAGGCUAGACU